AUGAAAAUUAUUUACCUCGUAAUAGGGAUUCUAUAUUUUGUGGGACAUGGUUUAUGUCGAAAACAAUCAGGGAAUGAGGAUUCGGAUCCCUUGGAAUUGAUUCAGGACAAGUUAGAACGCCUUUUGAAGAAAACAAAAGGUGUGCGGGAUAAUCUAGACAUUUUGGAAAUGAAAAUUGAUGAACUUGAGAAAAGAUCAAAUGCCCAGCUAGCCCAAAUGGCUGAACUGCAGUAUGCCAAUUGGACCACCAUACAAAGACGUCAGGAUGGUACGGAAGAUUUCUAUCGAAACUGGACUGAAUAUCGUAUGGGAUUCGGCACUUCCGAAAGGGGUGAAUUCUUUAUGGGGCUUGAAAAAUUACACCAACUAACCUCGGAGAAGCCUCAUGAGCUGCUGAUAAUACUCAAAGAUUGGGAAAAUGAUACCCGUUAUGCCCAUUACAAAAAUUUUCGAAUUUCGGAAGAGGAGGGGAAAUAUGCCAUCAUCGAAUUGGGUGAUUAUAGUGGCACGGCAGGUGAUGGUAUGGACUAUUAUAUGGGUCAGAAAUUCUCCACCUUUGAUAGCGAUAAUGAUGAAGAUGCUGAGACCAAUUGUGCUGAACUUUAUAAAAGUGCCUGGUGGUUUAAAACGUGUGCUUUAAGCGAUUUAAAUGGUCCCUAUAAAGAUGAAGACCAUGAUACUGAGGAUGGUGUUACCUGGAAAGAAUGGAAGGCAUAUACCCCCGUCUCCAAAGGCUGCACCUCACGAUUAACUACCUCACCAUUUGGCAUGGUACACAGGAAAUUCAUACGGCAACAAUCCGGAUAG